AUGGAAACGCUCUCUGUCUACCACGGAGCCAUUGGGAAAAAGGAGGGGGAGCAGAGACUGUUACUGGAUGGACGCGAUGGAUGCUACUUGGUCCGAGACAGCGAUUCUGUACCUGAGGUUUAUUGCCUCUGUGUGCUGUGCAAAGAAUUUGUCUUUACAUACCGGCUUCACAAGUAUGAUGGAGGUUCGUGGGCCGCAGAGACCGUUCCUGGUGUUCCGAAACGCUAUUUCCGUAACAUCAAGAACUUGUUAGCAGCUUUCCAGGUGCCGGGACAAGGAAUUGCCAUGCCUCUGCUUUACCCUGUCACUAGCCCGGGAUGGGCGCAAACACCCACAGUGGCAGACACCAAUAACGGCCUGUCACCAACACACAGCGGCUCGGGUGCACUCGUCCAGCAGUCGUGGGCUGCACGGGGACAGAAAAUUAGAAAGAAUAUGUGAUGGAAAAGCAUCAUGUAAAAUAUAUUUCAAAUAGU